CUGCAUCGGCUGACCGAGCCAUCUCAGUAUAAGCUAAAAGAAGACCAGGAUAUUACGGUCAUCAUGGACAAGAGCUCUGGUCUCCAACACCGUGGUUGCCUGAGUCCAGAGGGCACACUGAGAGAGAUCCAGAUCAACCUACUGGAGUGCAAAGUCUGCUUCGAGAUGUUUAACUCGCAGCAGAGAGAGCGCAGACCACAGAACCUUUCCUGUGGUCAUGUUCUCUGUCUGGAAUGCAUCACAGCUUUGUCCCACCCUCUCCUGAGGAAGCUGGAGUGCCCAUUCUGUCGACAGCUGUGCAGUGUUGACAGCACCUCCCACUGUCAAGCUCUCAUUGACUUGCAAGAGCUCCUGUUGUCCUCUGCUCCUCCUCGCAGGGGAAGAGGAGGCGUAAUCCCUGCCAGGGGUCUGACCUGUGCAUCUCUGCACCUCCGCACUGUGUUUGGAAGUUGGGGGAGUUUCAUAAACCCCACUGGGAUAGCAGUUUUGGGGUCUUCAGGGACAGUAGUUGUGGUGCAUGACGGAGAGAAGAGGGUGAUGGUGUUCAGCUUACAGGGAAAGAAGUUGAACAGCUUUGGGAAAAGGGGGAAAACCCCUGGGGAGAUCUGUUACCCGGUGGAUGUUGCAGUCACUCCCACCGGUUACGUUGUGUUGACCGAUGCAGGGGACAAAACCGUGAAGGUUUUCACCUCCAGGGGGAAUCACAUGCUGACGGUUACAAGUUCCUUCCAGAUGCCUUGGGGUGUGGACACAGAUAGCUGUGGGCACAUCCUGGUCUCAGAUGUCCUAGCUGGCACGCUAUCCCGGGUAAAAGUGGACUAUAACCACUGCGUGGUCCUGGAGCAUCAAACAACUAUCUCUGACCUUCUGGGCCCCAAAGCUGUGGCCUGCUGUCAGAUGACAGGGAACACUGCAGUGAUGGAACACCCAACUGAGGUUGCACAUCCAACAGAGAGGCACCAGUACAGAAGACUGAAAGUCUUCUCAAAAGACUUCCAUCUCCUCUACCAGAUAGACGGUUUCAGUCUGAUGCUCCAGUCCUCGGUGAGGCUGAACAUGUCAGCUGUGGUGUUUGACAGAGAUGGAGACAUGAUAGCCAUUGACUCUGAUCAGGGGUUGAUUUGUAGUUUGGCGAAGCUCCAGAGUGGCCCUGUCUUAACUCCCCUUGUGGGGGACCGUCUCAUCCGACCUGUUGGCUUAGCACUGCUGAACAACAUGCUCAUCAUCCUGGAUGGUGGCGACCACACUGUAAAGAUUUAUUCUCAGAAACCUGAUACUGGAUUAGUAAUUUAG